AUGCCAAUACCCGCUGACCACUUCACGUCGUUCAGAUACUGCGACAAAUGUACUUCGAAUGCGUGCUCGACGGAUGCUUGUAUCGUAACUCCAGCUGGCACAGGUGUCCCCAAUACCGAUUUCCUCAUCUAUGUUCGAGUACAAGACACUGCUAGCUGCAAGAGUAGUAACACAAUGGCGUAUGCGUCCACAUGUCAGCAUGACCAGUACGACCGUCCUACAUUCGGGAUGGUUAACUUCUGUCCACAGAAACUCAAUACUUCGGAUUCAGCUUUCGACCGUCAGGUAUCCACAGCUCUUCAUGAGCUCACACACGCACUCGGCUUCUCAUCCCGGUUCUUCCCGUUAAUGCGUAAGGAGGAUGGAAGCCCGAGAACCCCACGAGAUGAGCAGGGCAACCCACCGAUCUUUAAUGCAGGGACAUGUCCGAACCGACAGGAGAUCCACUACUACGUGGAGCCUUCUAACACUACGAUCAAGUACUCAACCGAGAGGGAUCAUGUUGUCGCCAAACUAGUGACUCCACGCGUCCGUGCGUUUGUUCGUGAUCAUUUCAACUGCUCAACACUGGAAGGUGCCGAGAUUGAGUCUCAAGACAGCGGCUGUCUUGGUUCUCAUUGGGAAGAACGAUUGUUCGAGCCGGAGUUAAUGACCCCCGUGGACAGCUAUCACAACGUCUUCAGUGCUCUCACACUCGCGUUCUUCGCAGAUUCCGGCUGGUAUCGAGUCAAUGCAUCCAUGUCGGAGGUUAUGCAUUAUGGUCGAAGCAAAGGUUGUUCCUUUGCGACGGAAAAAUGCAUCGAUCCAGUGACGCAAGCUCCGAUAGCAGCAGAUCAUUUCUGUACUUCUUCGACGGACUUUCAGGGUUGUUCAGUCGACGCUACGUCUCGCGCUGUAUGUUCCCUAAACACUAAAAGCCAAGCCAUUCCGACCGAGUAUCAGUAUUUUCCCGGUAACCCAAGAAAAGGAGGAACUAAUACCUUCGCCGAUUAUUGCCCGUUAGUUGUGGGCAACACGGCUGGCGACUGCUCCCUUUCCGCCAACCUUCUGCAACUUGGUGAGACUAACGUCAACGCGUUUGGUGAGACGUACUGUCCCACUUGUAAAUGCACACAAACGUCACUCCGUAGCGAUGAUUCUGCACAAUUCUGGACGGUGAGUUCGCCAAGACAAAGUGGUUGCUACGCCAUGCGAUGUUUCUCUAAUGCGAACGCAAGUAUGUUUGUACAACUCACGAUUCCACGGAGUUGGACGCAAGAUACUGUAAGUCUAAACUGCACUGGCAAGGGGGAGAAAUUAUCCGUGCCAGGCUUUUCUGGACAUAUCACAUUGAUCUGCUAG